GACCUCCAAAUAUCUCUGACUAAUUUAUUCCCUGCAACAUUCCAUUCCGUUAACUUGCACUCCUGUCAAUUUCUAUAUAUGCCUCUGCAUGCUUUACCGCCCACGGUACAAAGUAGCUAGUUCACUCUUAGCUAGCUCCGACGUGAUCGAUCGCGCGAGCUAGCUAACUAAGCUGCUUCGUCGUCGUCGCUCGCUCAUGGACGCGCCGCGGCUGCACCAUUCCGCCAGGGCGCUCCUCCUCGUGGCGCCGAGCGCGUCUCCCGCGCCGGCGGCGGUGCCACCAGGAGUCGCCGGCGCUCUGCCGGUCGCCGAGAAUGGCCGCGGCGGUCCCCUCGCCGUGUCGUCGCUCAACACCAACACCAUCGUCCUGCUCGCGCUCCUCGUCUGCGGCCUCGUCGCCGCCGUCGCGCUCCACGUCGUACUCCAGUGCGCGCUCCGCGUCACGCGGCGCGCGUGCUACGGCGCGGAGACCGCCGCCGCCGCCGCUGCAGGAGGAGGAGGAGAAGGAGGCCGCGCGAGGCGGGGUGGCGGAGGCGGGGGCAGGAAGCGGACGCCGCCGCUGUCGAAGACGAUCCCGCGCGUGGCGUACACGGAGGGGCUCGAGCUGGCCGGGUCGUCGCGGUCGGAGUGCGUGAUAUGCCUCGCCGAGUUCGCGCGCGGGGAGCACGUGCGCGUGCUGCCGGGCUGCAACCACGGCUUCCACGACCGCUGCAUUGACCGGUGGCUCGCGGCGCGGCCGACGUGCCCCACGUGCAGGCAGGCGCCGUUCGCCGCCGCCGCCGCCGAUCCCGUCGCGCCGCCGGACCCUGCACCGGCGGCCGUGCAGGUGGUGCGAGUCAUAGUACUCACUAGUCAAUAGCUGGUACCCAUGGUGGCAUACUGGCAUGAGCUGCUUAGACGUGGUCGAUCGCCUCGUGUGCAGCGGCCGCGCCACUGUGUCCACAGCUAGUAUACAGUGUGUGUUGCCGACUUGGCGAGUUGGCGUGUGUCGCCGAAUCGGCAAACGUUUCGAAGCCGUUACACUUGGUAAAGUGGGCGAUGGAUGUGUAGGGGUGUACAAGUGUUCGGGCCUAUGCAUAUUGCACGCAGGAGCAGGACACGAUGGUACGAAGCCGAAUCGAGGCGAAACGGGAGUAAUCUGCCCUGCCGGGUUCCCUGCGGACUGUCAGCCUUUGACGCUGUGAGUCUGUGACAAGCACUUUUUUUUUUUAGCAAAACAGACCAUGUCCUGUGAGAUGGUGACAAAGCACAAGUGUUACACAUUUUUCCCUUUGUAUAUGUGCAUGUAAAUUUUGCAUUGUGAAUGCUAUCUCAGUCUGUUUUCUGGGUCCUUAACUCCUAAUUGUACAUACGUGAGUUGUCACCCGUUUACGGGACCAUACAGAACUUAGUACAGUACUAGUAUUUUUACA